AUGAGGGAAGAGUAUCUAGAGGGAAUGCUAGAGUCGCCAACUGUUAUUGAAGAAGCCGUUCCUGAACAGCUUAGAGGUUUAUUGGGUCAAGCUACCACGAAGUUGCAGCAGCUUCCUGAACCUGUUAAGGACACUCUUGCUAAUGGUCUAAGGAUUCCACUUGGUGGAUCUUACCAGAGAUUCUUCAUGAUAUCUUAUCUAGACGACGAGAUUCUUAUUGUAAGAGAUACUCUGGGUGUGCCUGAAGUUCUUACCAGGGUGGAAACAUCGUCUUCAUCAAGCGUUGUAGAGAAUCUUGAAUACAACAGUUAA